UUGUUCCAUCUCUUAUUCAGAGUGUAUAUGCAAAAUUUACGCGUUUAUUUCGCAAAAAAUUGGUUUCGUUGAGCUGCCGUCAUUAUGGGAAAAUAUAUUCGCAACAUAAGGAAUCUAGUAGAGCUGUCAGAUGUAGAGGAACCAAACGAAUUUGAGGAAGAGUAUCAUCCCAGUACUGACGAGCCUGAGCACGAGCACGAGGACAAUCCUGCAAGGGAUCAAAUACAGCAGCCUGAAGAGGACAGCGAACCUGAAAGUUCAACCGCUUCUAAUGAAAAUUUCAUUGGCACGUAUGAAUGGCCAAGACACUUUGGAUCGGAGGGCUACAUAUUCGAUGGCAUAACAUUAGCCCGCUCUAUGCUGAACAGACUCGGGGCCGUAGAAACUGCCGAAGCGGUUUGCGACAUGGCAUACGGACUGACCUGUGCCCUUAAUGUGUCAUCAACCACUUCAUUGAUCCCGAUCCACGGCCCCCUGGUGAUUGCCUGCGUGGCGGAUGGUGUGAGCCGCGUCGUUAUCGGUUAUGGUGUUGGCCAAUGUCAUCCCCAUCCGAACGUCGAUGAGAAUGGCGACUACAUAGGCCAGUCCUGGCACCGGGAGGUGCGAGGCUUUGCAAUCGACGAUGACGAGGAACGCUGCCGCAUCAUCACGGAAUUCAUCAGAUGCCUAAUGAUUGGAAUGGAGACUAAUCAGAAUUAUUAUAAUAAUUAAAUGAUGUAUCUAAUGCUCAGUAAGAAUAAUGGAAAGUAUAAAUAAAGUCUGCUGUUCAUUGU